UCGCAGGUUUAACGAUGGAAACCAGCGCCAGCGUCGGUUUGAUGAUCAUGUAUGAGGAUGAGUCGGUGGAUGUUCGUUACGGAAACGGAGCCCAGUUACAGCUGUCGCCGUGUGGCUGUGAAUUCGUGCUGGUUAAACCCAGAGACCCCUCCGGACACCCUCUGCAGCCCCCGGAGAGGGUCCGACAGAGGACGAGGUUCGCCAUCAGCGCCUAUAAGGAGUUAAUGGUGGCUGCAUUGGCAUUUAGGAAUAAAUAUGCCAGUCGACCAUAUCUGCCAGAGGAACUUAUCCCCGCUGACCGCAAGAAGCCUUUUUUCAGCAUCGACUCAGACGUGCAGUGGCCUGAGCGGUCUUCCUGUGAUGCUGAGCUCGGACCUGCAGGCGAGACCAUCGUCAGGUCUGAGGAGGGACGAGCUGCGCUGACGCUGUCGCCCUCAGGUGAAGAAUUCUCCGUCGAGUUCGCGUGCAGCCUGAGUCGGACUCAGAAUCAGCACCACAGCGUGCAGGGUUUCAGCAGAGACUCGGGCAGCAGCGUGAGUAGUCUGAUCGGUCGGACCACCAGUGAGGAGGCCACAGAGGUUCAUCAGGGAAGAGGAAGCAGAAGGAAGGAGUCUGUUAGGUCGAGAUCCUGCUCGCCUCACAUUACCAGCACUGCUCAGCCAAAGCCAGAGGGGAUGUACCAAUCCACCGCAGUGGUCCAGCAUCACUCCUGCUGCGCUGUCGCCCCCGUCUGGAGCUACGCUCUCUCCUUGGCUCGCCAUCUCUGCACCACUCGUCUCUCUAAACCUGAAGAUGUCAGAGCAGAGGAGGCCAGCGAUCUCACCCAGGCACGCAGGACGAUAAACAUGUCGGACAUACCUGCAACAGAAAGGAGGUCUCGCCUGCCUGAGGGGCUGCCUCUCACAUGUCCAUCACCUCACUGGCACAGGUGGAAGGUUAAAGACCCCCUGGACAAAAAACAACAUUCAGACCAAGACCUUCCAACGGAGCUGGUAAAAGUGAUGUGGUGUCAGGGAGUCACUUACAGGAUACUGAGCGGGGCUGUUUCAGUCGUAGAGGUUUCCCCGGGCGAUGGAUCAGUCAUCCGGUCUAAUGGUGUCCUCAGCACUUAUUUUACCCAUCACAAACCUGAGCUCCUGUCAGGGCAGGUGAGACAGGUAACAUACCACCUGAACAACCUUCCUCCUGACGUACCUGGACAGCUGUACUCUGUAUGUUCUAUUGUGAGUCGUGCGAGCAGGAUCCUCGCCUGCUACAACGAGGCCGUGCAGUCGCUGAAGCUCCCGGCCACACCCAGCUGCUUACAACAGGGCAGACAUUUUUCUAACCCAGCCAUGACUGGUGAAAAUCUGUCCAACCCUCUCUCUGCUGAGCAGCAUGUGAAUGUCAGACAGCCAGCAGAAAGUUGCUCAGAUCUUGUAGCCGUGGAGCUGGAGAAGAUAAAACGGUUCAACUUUCUGCUGGAGAACAACCAUCUGAUAAGAGGUGAGAAACGAUGUGCAGAGCUGGAAGGUAACUCUGCAGAAGAGGUGACGCAAGAAGCAAUGAGUGAGAGCUGCAUCGCUGAGGCUCUGCAGAGAACAUCCAGAGCCAUACAGGACAUUGAUGCCCUCAUAUCUGCAGCCACCCUGACUUGAGUCCUGAUUAGAAGAAAAGUUUUUGAAGAAGGAUCCUUCGGGACUUCACAUAUAUUAAGUUUCACUGCAAUGUGUAA